GGAACGGCAUCAACAAGCUCAUUAGAGCGAGAUAAACACAGUAUCUAAAUGAAGUACCGCGCUUCGGUUGCGUUACGAUGCUAUAGUCUGCUGGAUUAGAUGUGCAGCGUAAAAAAUUCCAUGCUAGGGUGAAAUAUUGUGGUGAAAAAUUAUUCUUGUUCUGGAAUUUAGCGCAGGAGCUCACUUGACAGCUGGAAUGUAACUGGGUUUCUUAUGAGCUGGCUACACAACUAGCUGCCUACAGAGGUCCGAGUCUGAGAAUAAGAUGCAUUUCACUUCGAGCACACAUAGGAUGCAUGCUUAGGAGUAUAUAGAAAUAUGCUAGGAUGUUCAAAAAUGUGUUCGGAUCAGGAUUCCUGGUGAGGACCGCUCAUGUCAUCUUGACAUGGGUGAUAACGUUGAUUCUCUUCCUCCACGACACCGGUAAGUGCUCUUAACAGAUGCUGAUUCUACUGCGAGAAUAUCUGCCUCAUCGUGUUAUUUGAUGGCUACAGCAGCUAUAUGAGGAACUGAAUUCUGCAUCACUGUGUGUUUGAGGUCCAGUACUGUUUAGAUGAUCUUUACCUAUUCUGCUCUAGCACACUGUUUACAUUCUAUUCUUUGCUACCUUCUAUUCUACUGCACACUUUCCACUGUCGAAAGAAAAGAUUAGAUAAAAGUUGAAAUUAUGCCAAAAAGUUGAAUGAGAUGCUAAGUUGUGGCAUAAAAAGUCAAAAUUAUGAAAUAAACUUUAGAAAUUAUGCCAAAAAGUCAAAAUUCUGACAUAAAAUGUUAUGGCAAAAAAUGUAUGGGAAAUUAAAAUGAUCAGAUUGACAUACUAAAUCAUAAUUAUAAGAUCAAAUCAAAAUGAUGACAAAGUUUUUAUCUCAUAAUAGACAUUUAAGGCUUGAAUGCUCUACACGACUCCUGCCCAGAUCUUUCUGAACAUGUUGGUGCUGCCAAUAGUCAAAGCCAUUUUCACAUGGUUUUUAUUUGUCAUCUUCACAUUGAGGCGAUUAAUUCAGGCAGUCGUUUAGUGCAUGAUGCCAUCUGUUUACUAAUGUGACCAGUUUCUGAUGCCUAAUGUUUUAAUAUCUGUUCAGAUUUUAAAAGUCAUUUAGUGUAUUCCAGCAUUUAAUAUGUCAUGUGGGCUUCCACUGUUUUAUUUUACUCAAAUUUAUUGUAUUAUACAAUUAUACUUUCAUUUCUGUGCCACUGUAUUCCACUCUACUCACUCUUCUGCUUCCACGCAGACCUCCGCAGACAGGAGGAGUUGGGGGAGCUCACACUGCCCGUUCUCUUUGUGCUGCUGGUCCUGGUGUCCGUGUUGCUAUACUUUGCAGUUUCUCUCAUGGACCCUGGCUUUGUCCCGUCUGAUGCCUGUGACUUGCAGUUCACACUUGGUAUUGCCGAAGAAACGCAGGAUAUGAUGCCACAGAGCACCAAGUCCAUACGGUUGCGGCGCUGCGGACGCUGUCUGGUACAGCAACCCAUGAGAUCCAAACACUGCCAGACGUGUCAGCACUGUGUGCGGCGCUAUGAUCAUCACUGUCCCUGGAUCGAGAACUGCGUUGGGGAGAGAAACCACCGCUGGUUUGUGCUUUAUUUGGCGGUCCAGCUUGUUGUCUUACUGUGGGGACUGUACAUGGCCUGGUCUGGCUUCAGUCACGCUCCCACCUGGCAGCUGUGGUUGAGGAGCAACGGUGUGCUCCUGGGAGCAGCGGCGGCGGUGGCUGUCCUGUCCCUGACCGUGCUUCUCCUCCUGGGCUCUCACUUAUACCUGGUGUCCCUGAAUACCACCACAUGGGAGUUCAUGUCUCGACACCGAAUCUCUUACCUCAAGCACUGCGGUGCGGACGAAAACCCUUUUGACCGCGGGACCCUGCGCAAUCUCUGGAGCUUCUUCUGCAUUUGGGAACCAGUGGUUUGGGAGCAUGUGUAUUUCAAGCAAGGCAACGAUACGGUUUAAUUUCCUUGGAGUCAUGACUGCGGUGACAAAAAAAAAAACCCAUUGGACGGAAGUCUAAUUCCAUUUUGAAAGCGAUUGUUAAAUGCAUGAACUUUGUCGUUGCAAUGACGUUUGAUCCGGCGUAAUCAAAUAGGUCAGAAUGAGCAUUUUUUAUUAAGGUGUUUUGUGAAUAUUUUGCCCACAUAGAACUUUGACAAUUGGCCUCUGCUGAUUUUGCACAUUUUAAUAGCUAAUGGAGAACAAAAAUCACAAUAGCGUUUUUCAGAGCUGAAUUGUGGUUUCCAAAUAAUGCAAUACAUAGAGAUGAGAUUAAAAUGUUAUAUGCUAAUUCUUUAUUAUCUUGGCUCUGCUCCUGUAAUUUCUUUCAUGGUACUAAAAAGCUGUUGAACAAAAGUAACUGAGAUAGACAGUCCUUCAGCUAAUUUUAUAGCAGCAUCAGAUGAUGAUGAACAGUUACAUCAGCAAUCAUUUUGUGCAAUUAUUGAACUUGUAAAAUACAGUCAGUUGUAUAUACUUUUUACAGUUUUAUUUUUUAUUUUACUUUUUUAGAAAAUUGACAUCCCCUUUUAAGAUCCAUUUCAAACAGGGUAACUAGAAGUUCAUGUUUAUAAUACAAAUAAUUUCCUAUAGCACUUUAUAUAUCAUUGGUGAAAUUUCAAUAUGCUUGUAAUGUGACUUUAUAAUAUUAAAUCUUCUGGUUUAUCUAGACCUAACAUAAUCGACUCAUUUAAUGUAGGAAAUGAACAUUAAUUGACAAUUUAGAAUACAAACAUAAUACUGUAAUGUUCAACAUUACAGACAUUGUUUUGUUUGUUUUUUUUUUGGUGAAAAACUAUUUAUUUUUAUAUUAAAAAGGUCCUUUCAUAUUUACACAUUAGCAUCUUAAAGAGAGAAAGAAGAAAGUGCAUGUGAUACGUGUUUGACGGUUAGAUCUCUGUCCAUUUCAGACAGCCAGAGAAGAGCGAAGGAAUGUUUUGUUGAUAAAUGCAGUACAGUGUGACUUUAAUAUUUAGAGAAAAUUCUAACUGUUUCAGUCAUAAAAAGCAAUAAUUGUUUUUGCUUUUACGUCAUUUCAUUUU